GAAACCAAGAGAUCACAACAAUGGCUUCUUCCUCUUCUUCCUCUCUUUCUUCCAAGAAGUACGAUGUCUUCAUCAGCUUUAGAGGCGAAGACACGCGCGAAAGUUUCACCAGCCAUCUUCACUCUGCUCUCCUUAGAAGCAAAAUCGACACCUACGUCGAUUACAGACUUGAGAAAGGAAGCGAGGUUUGGCCAUCACUCCUCCAAGCCAUUGAUGAUUCGAUCCUUUUUCUGGUCGUUUUUUCUGAGAACUAUGCUUCUUCCACGUGGUGCUUGAAUGAGCUCACCAAAAUUGUCUUCGAUUGCUCUGAGGAUCAGGAGGAUCGUGUUCUUCCAGUUUUCUACAGGGUAAACCCUUCAAAUGUACGGAAACAGAAAGAUAGUUACGGAGAAGCAUUUAUAACACACGAGCAAGGCAAUCACAAUCAGCUAGUGCUAAAAUGGAGGAGUGCUCUCACUCGGGCAGCUAAUUUAUCUGGCUGGGAUUCUAGUAAAUAUUGGAAUGAAGCUGACCUGAUUGAAAAAAUUGUCAAAUGUGUUUUAAAGAAGUUGGAUCGUAUUUACCGAAUAGACUGUUUUGAAGGUCUUGUUGGAAUUCAUGAACGAAUUGUGCCUCUAGAAUCGUUUUUGAGCGAGGAGUCGAAAGAUGUUCAAUUUAUUGGAAUUUGGGGCAUGGCUGGAGUUGGCAAGACAACUAUUGCAGCUGCAGUAUUUAAAAAACAUUGCUGUGAUUAUGAAGGGUUUUGCUUCAUGGCCAAUGUAAGAGAAGAGUCAGAGAAGUGUGGAAUCACUAAUUUGAAGAAUAAACUUCUUUCCAAAUUAUUAGAGGAUAAAGAAUCUCAAGAUGGUAUGCCAGAUAGAGGAACUCCUUUGGAUAUGAAGAGGCUUAGACGAACAAAGGUUCUUGUUGUUCUUGAUGACGUCAGUAACUCAGAUCAACUGGAAAUUUUAGCUGGAGUGCAUAAUUGGUUUGGACCAGGCAGUAGAAUCAUUAUAACAUCCAGAGAUAGACAAGUGCUUGGUAAACAAGUGGAUCAUAUAUACGAGGUUAAAGCUUGGGGCUUUGGUGAAGCUCUUCAACUUUUCAAUUUGAAUGCCUUUAAAAAUAACGUUACUGACGAAGAGUUUGCCUUAUUAUCAAGGAAGGUGGUUGGCUAUGCAAAAGGGAUUCCAUUGGCUCUGAAAAUUUUGGGUUCAUUUCUUUGUGGCAAAAGUAAAAAUGAGUGGAAAAGUCAAUUAGAAAAACUCAAAGGAAUGCCUGACAUGAAAAUUCAAAAUGUAUUGAAAUUGAGUUAUGACGGAUUAGAUUUCCAACAGAGAAAUAUUUUUCUAGAUAUUGCAUGCUUUUUCAAGGGCAGAAAUGUAGAUGACAUAAAAAAUUUGUUAGAUGCUUGUGAUUAUGCGACAACCAUUGGAUUGAAGACUCUUGAAGACAAAGCUCUUCUAACUAUUAUUGAUGAGAAGGUGUCAAUGCAUGAUCUAAUACAAGAAAUGGCAUGGGAGUUAGUUCGAGAAGAAUCAAGGGAAGAACCUGGAAAACGCAGCCGAUUAUGGGAUUCUCAUGAUGCUUAUGAAGUAUUGAAAUAUAAAACGGGAACUGAGUCAAUUAAAGGCAUGGCUUUGGAUAUGUCGAAAAUUGAGGAUCUGUGCUUAAGUCCUGACGUCUUCGCCAGAAUGCGCAAGCUUAAAUUUCUUAUAUUCCAUAAUUUUGGUUCAGAAGAGUUCAGAUUGUAUCUUCCUCAAGGCCUUAAAUCUCUACCAAAUGAACUCAGACUUCUUCAAUGGGAUAACUUCCCUUUGAAGUCCUUACCAUCGACAUUCUCCGCGGAGAAGCUUGUUUGGUUUGAAAUGCGAAAUAGCCAAGUCAGGAUACUUUGGCAUGGAAAGCAAGUAAGUGUAUAGGCAACCAUGUUUUAAUUCUUGUUGAGGC